CGAUAGCUUGUGGUCUUUUUCUUCUUUGAAAAAGAUCACAAUCAUUUAUUUUCAAAUUCCCUAACUUUUUGCGUUUACUUUUUUAGAGCCUUAGUGUUCUUUUCUUAGUGAUCACAGGCUGCUUCUUCUCUAUGUUCUUUGCCCAUUUUUCUGUUUUGUUUUGUUUUGGCUGCUGGGGUCUUUGUUCUUUGGUUCACUCAGUGCAUGUUUAGUUUUCCUAGAAGGACUGUUCCAAGUGAAGCCAGGAGUACACCAUUUUAGGAGAAAAUGUACGGGGAUUGUCAAGUCAUUUCUUCCAUGGGAGGGAAUGUGGUAUCAUCAGAAACCCUAUUUUCAUCACCGAUUCAAAACCCUAAUUUCAACUUCUUGCCAUUCCAACCUUUACCUCCCAUGAUUCCCAAAGAAGAGAACGGGCUAUUGAUGAGAGGGAAAGAGGAGAUGGACAGUGGGUCUGGGAGUGAACAAGUAGAAGAGAAGUCCGGGAAUGAGCAAGAGAGUACUGAGCAACCCCCCAAGAAGAAACGUUACCAUAGGCACACUGCUCGCCAGAUCCAAGAAAUGGAAGCCGUUUUUAAGGAAUGUCCCCAUCCUGAUGACAAGCAAAGGAUGAAACUAAGCCAAGAACUUGGCCUUAAGCCUCGCCAAGUCAAGUUUUGGUUCCAAAACCGUCGCACUCAGAUGAAGGCUCAGCAGGAUCGAUCUGAUAAUGUUAUACUUAGAGCUGAGAAUGAGUCCCUCAAGAAUGAGUUUUACCGGCUUCAAGCGGAACUCAGCAAACUUGUUUGUCCAAAUUGCGGUGGUCCAGCUGUGCCUGGAGGGAUUUCCUUUGAAGAGCUUCGGAUAGAGAAUGCACGACUUAGAGAAGAGCUGGAACGGGUCUGUGCUAUUGCGUCGAGAUACAUUGGCAGGCCAAUCCAAACAAUGGGUGCAGCUCCUGCACUCAUGCCACCUUCAUUGGAUUUGGACAUGAACAUAUACCCAAGGCAUUUCACUGAGCCUAUGGCUUCCUGCACGGAGAUGAUGCCUGUGCCAAUGUUGCCAGAAACAGCCUCUUUCCAGGAGAAUAAUCUGGUUCUGGCGGAGGAGGAAAAAACAGUUGCGAUGGAGCUUGCUAUGUCUUCCAUGGAUGAGCUUGUGAAGAUGUGCCGAACAAACGAGCCUCUUUGGAUCCGGAACAAUGAAAACGGAAGGGAAUUACUUAAUCUUGAAGAACAUGCCAGGAUGUUUCCUUGGGCGCCAUCAAAUCUCAAGCAGCGCUCAACUGAGUUCAGGACUGAAGCUAGCCGUGAUAGUGCAGUGGUUAUAAUGAAUAGCGUCACUUUGGUAGACGCAUUUCUUGAUGCUAACAAAUGGACGGAACUGUUUCCAUCUAUCGUUGCUAGAGCUAAAACUGUUCAAGUUGUAUCAGCAGGUGUUUCAGGAACAAAUGGUUCCCUUCAGCUGAUGUAUGCAGAAUUGCAAGUCCUUUCUCCAUUGGUGCCCACUCGGGAGGCUUAUUUUCUUCGCUACUGCCAACAACAAAAUCUAGAUGAUGAAACUUACUGGGCAAUUGUCGAUUUUCCCAUCGAUGGCUUUCAUAACAACUUACAGGCUUCGUUUCCCCUAUACAGGAGGCGGCCCUCUGGCUGUUUGAUUCAAGACAUGCCUAAUGGGUACUCAAGGGUUACAUGGGUUGAACAUGCAGAGAUAGAGGAGAAGCCUGUUCAUCAGAUAUUUAGCCACUUUGUUUACAACGGGAUGGCGUUUGGAGCACAUCGUUGGUUAGCUGUUUUGGAGCGACAAUGUGAAAGGGUUGCUAGCCUCAUGGCCAGGAAUAUCACUGACUUAGGAGUGAUACCUUCUCCGGAAGCAAGGAAGAAUUUGAUGAGACUUGCUCAGAGACUGAUAAGGACUUUCUGUGUCAACAUCAGCACUUCCAGUGGCCAGUUGUGGACAGCUCUACCGGAUUCCGCCGAUGAUACUGUUAGAAUCACAACGAGGAAAGUCACAGAACCUGGCCAACCCAAUGGGCUGAUUCUUUGUGCUGUAUCGACCACUUGGCUGCCAUAUCCUCACGACCAAGUCUUUGAUCUUUUGAGGGACGAACGCCGCAGAUCUCAGCUGGAGGUUCUUUCAAAUGGAAAUGCCUUACAUGAGGUAGCUCACAUUGCUAAUGGCGCCCAUCCUGGGAACUGCAUUUCUCUUCUUCGAAUCAAUGUUGCAAGCAAUUCCUCACAGCAUGUAGAGCUAAUGCUGCAAGAGAGCUGCACGGACCGAUCCGGUAGCCUUGUUGUUUACUCCACCGUUGAUGUUGAUUCCGUCCAGCUAGCAAUGAGCGGCGAGGACCCAUCCUGCAUCCCACUACUUCCCUUAGGCUUUUUCAUAACCCCAGUGGAACUCAUCAGAGAUGCUGGUGAUGAUCAAGGCAAAUCAGUCCCGCCAUCUGAAGAGGCAAGUGGACAUAUUUCAGGCAGUUUACUCACCGUUGGGCUACAAGUUCUUGCCAGCACAGUUCCAUCAGCAAAGAUCAAUCUCUCAAGCAUUGCCGCCAUCAACAACCAUUUAUGCACCACAGUUCACCAAAUCACUGCUGCCCUUAGUAGCAGUACUGCCCCUAGCUGCCCUGAUAAUGGAAUUGGUGUACUAGGCUCUUGCACUGAGCCUGCUUCUGCACCAGAAAAGUAAAUCAGGGUUUUCAUACUGAAUUACCCAUAACAUCCCCAUUUUAUGGAUUUGAAGAUGGGAAAGAUUGGGGAAGUUAUUGGUAAUUUGUUAAAAAUCAAGUGGUGGAAUUCUCAUAUUAGUGUCAGUUUGUAGUAAUGUGGUAAAUAAGGGUCAUUUUGUAACUAAGGAAGGGGGUAGGCUGUUCUUGUUUAGGUAGGGAAAAAAAUUUGAGAAAGAUGCAUGUGUAACAUUAGCUGUGGGUACUGUUGGGAGGGUAAAGGCUAAAACAAAAUAGUAGGAAAUCUCCAUGUAAUAGCUAGAGGGAGUCAAGAGCGCACCAGCUGUGACCCUUGCUUUCUGGUAAGGCCUAAAGAGAUGAGACCUCACCAAUCAGCAAGGGUGGUGGUUCGGGUAUUGACUUCUGCUUUGUUGGCCUUUGUUUUUCUUUUUCCAGAAUUUAAUGCUCCUACUGAUUAUUAGUUCUAUUCAAGCUAUCUGUUUGCGUCCAA